UUUAAAACAGGUUUUUGGUUUUGUUUUUAAAAAAAGAUCUCUACUUGUGGGAAGUUUCUUGCCAGUGCUGGGACCAAUACACACAACCAGCCCAGUCCCUCUCCUGAAGCUCAGGUUCCUCUCCUUCUUCUGCACAGAAACCCUUCAAAAACUGAAAGGAUGACAACAGAUAUGAUAGAGAGCAAUAACACCAAAUCCAGCGUUCCCCUCCUGACCCAAAGAUACCUGAGAAUGGUGACCAAGGAUGGACACAGCACGUUCCAGAUGGAUGGUGCCCAAGGAAAAGGUCUGGCAUACCUCCGAGAUGCAUGGGGAAUAUUAAUGGACAUGCGCUGGAGAUGGAUGAUGCUUGUCUUUUCUGCUUCUUUUGUCAUUCACUGGCUAGUCUUUGCAGUGCUUUGGUAUUUACUGGCUGAGAUGAAUGGGGACCUGGAGCUGGACCAUGAUGCUCCACCUGACAACCACACUAUAUGUGUCAAGUACAUCACCAGUUUUACAGCUGCUUUCUCCUUCUCGCUGGAGACACAACUCACAAUUGGUUACGGCACUAUGUUCCCAAGCGGGGACUGUCCCAGUGCUAUUGCACUGCUUGCAAUACAGAUGGUCCUGGGGCUUAUGCUGGAAGCCUUCAUCACAGGUGCUUUCGUGGCAAAGAUCGCCCGACCAAAGAAUCGGGCAUUCUCCAUCCGGUUCACCCGCUCUGCUGUAGUGACACACACCGAGGGGAAGCCAUACCUUAUGUUCCAGGUGGCCAACACACGCUCCAGCCCACUGACUAGUGUCCAGAUUUCUGCUAUACUUUACCAAGAGCAAGAGAGCGGGCAGCUGCACCAAACUAGUGUUGACUUCCACCUAGACAGCGUCACUUCAGAUGAGUGUCCUUUUUUCAUCUUCCCACUGACCUACUACCAUUCAGUCACUCCCUCCAGCCCCCUGGCUGCUCUCCUCCAAAGAGAAGCUGCUCACCAUUUUGAGCUGGUCAUCUUUCUGUCAGCUGUGCAGGAGGGCACAGGAGAAAUGUGCCAAAGGAGAACAUCCUACCUCCCCUCAGAGAUCAUGCUGUACCAUCGCUUCGCCCCUGUGCUAGCCCGCAAUGCUAAAGGUGAAUAUCAGAUCAAGAUGGAAAAUUUUGACAAGACCAUUCCUGAGCUCCCAGCUGCAGCUGAGUCAAAUUGUCCAAGGAGGACUGACAAGGAGAUCCGCAUCAAUGGACAGCACGUCGACAGCUUCCAGCUCUCCGAGGCUGGCCUCACAGAAUAGAGAGAACAGACUGUGAACUUAGUGCUUUUUUAAUUAUUACAUUAAACUUUCAGGUUUCAUUCACAACCUUCUUUCCUUGCCUGCCCUGCCAUCUUCUAGUGAUCUUUCUCUUUUUACUCCCAUCCUUUUGAUCACAACAUGAUAUGCAAAGUAAAAAGAACCAGUGUGCCCAUGUAAGCUGAGGAGAGGCUGGAUUAACCACCCAGGACAAGGUCAGGUCCAAGAAUCACAGCACUAAUUCUUGGAAAUUAAAAGAACUACCUGCUGAAUUCAUCAGACUAUGAUUAAAGCCGCACUGACCCUGAAAGGAGACAACUUCAAAACUCCCAGAGCUCACCAAAACCAUAAUUGACUGGCUUGGGACAAAAUGGACAAUAUAAAAGAAAAAUAUCAGUCAAAACCAAUAUGGGGUCAUUCAGUAAAUAUAUAAGUUCUGGUAUAAGCAACUCUGUUCAUCCAACAUCUUAAGUUUUCUGUUCUCUUAACUCUUUGGGGAUACAGAGUUAUAUCAGAUUUCAGAUGGCCGAAUGCACUCUCAGAAAGUACUGCCAACCUCUCAUGGCAGUGAAAAGCACUCCUGCUGUGCUUAUUAAGCAAAAUUGUAAAUACUAACUGUAGUUCUUCAUUCUGCCAAAUAAGAGAACAUCUCAUUUCAAGAUGUGUCUAUGAAGACAGUAUCAAAAAAAUCUUGAUGUAUAUGACAAAUGCUGCAGUGGAAAUUUUUUUUCAUAUUUGGAAACACUGAAUAAAUUAUUUAGCAGUAGAAAACAGACUAUUUAAAUUAAUGCACUUUUUAAAAGGACCAUACAUUCCACAUGUUCUCACCUCUGCGCUGCUUGUCUCAAGUAAAUCUGACCCAGAAGGAUGCACGAUGUAUAUGAGAAUUAGAACUGCAUCCGUUUCAUUUUAUGCUUUUUAUCAUCACUAUUUGCCUGUACACACAGCACAAAUAUUGAGACACUUGAAUCAAUUUUAAAAUAAAAAAAUUAAAACAAACUGUACGUGAGACUUCUGUAUGUAAGUGCCUCACAAACCUAUUGCAAUUUAGAUACUGUUCUGAAGUUCCUAAAUAAUUUAAGAAGCUAAAGGAUAAACAGAAUGAUGGGUAAUUAUUUCCAAGCUCUCAACAAAAGCAGUGCCUAUUACGUGUUCAUACUGGAGCAGUCAAGUAUCGAAAUAAAGCAAAAGUCAUCUUUCAAA